CGAUGCGUGUGAUGGUCGGGAUAAUCGAGUCAGUAGGACAAGGCCAUCGACGUCUUGUGAAGUUGUUGGCGUUGCAGGGCGCCACACCGUUGCUGGGCCUCGACUGGUCGCGGGAGAAAAAGCCGCACUAGAAAAACAACGGGAGACUAAGGCAACGUCGACGCGCGCUUUUGAAUAAGUGCUAUUGGUCUGUUGUUGUAUAUGAAGCUCAAGGGACGCAAAUAAACAUUUUUGCUCUGCAUCGGUACGUAGUAGAUAAAGAGGCGAACAUGCUCUCUGUGAUUGCGCCUGCCAGACAGUACAUACAUGUAUGUGCGUACAAGCCACCAAAGCAGUCGAGAACAAGAAAAGGAAAGAAAAUGAUGAAUUUCAAAAAUUAUGUAUGCCCCAAAAAGUAAU